AACAAUCGUCCAAUAAAGUCACUCUCGAGUUUUACUGAGUGCCAGAAACUGGCAUGUGAUGAUUCUAAGGCAAUGCUUCAUCUUGGCUGGCGACGUUAUAGUGAUCAAGAUAUGGGCGAACGUAAAAAACUCAAUGGGAUAACCAAACCUGUUGAUACUGUUGAUAUUCUCAUUAUUGAUAACUCUAAUACUAGUGAUAUUAAUAUUGUUCAUAAGAAUGAUGAAAUUAAUGUUGAUAAUUUUAGUACUAAUAGUACUAAAAAAAUUGAUAUCGAUGAAGUUCUUCGUAAAUAUA